AUGAAAAACAUAUUAUCAUUACCAUUAGAAUUAAUCGUCAAGAUAUUUGAAUAUCUACCUGAUCAGAAAAAUCAAUAUAGAUUAGGUAAAACAAACAAGUUUUUAUGGCAAAUAUAUCAACAAAAAGUAAUAUCUAAUCCACAAUAUUAUAAUGGAUAUGUGAACAAUAUGUUAAACAUAUUUAAUCCAUUACGAAUAAAAUUCAUAAGGAUUGAAGGAGUUGGAAAGAAAAAAGUAGUAGUAUUUGAUGGAAAAUAUGAAAGAUGUAAGGAAUGUAGACGACGUCGAUUUUAUUGUGAUAUAUUAUGA